UGAAGGCAAUUAGUCGCUUAGUUUAGGCCAAGCACGGAACAUGGGCGACACCUUCACCUGUCUCUUGGCGCUGGCAUUGCUGCACGUUGCUCUGGGGGCAGCUGUGGGUCAGACAGACGGCCGGAUACGCUACGACAAUUACGCGGUCUAUAAGGUCAAGUACGAGAGUCUCGGCCAACGCAAUCUGCUGCGACAGCUGGCCGAGGAUCGCGAGAAUUUUAGGCUUUGGCACGAGGCCAAGGAUGAGCUGCAUGUGAUGGUCAGUCCCAGUGGCCUGGCCGAGUUCCAGGCGGAAGUGCUGCAGGCCAAUGCCACUGCCAAGAUCUUCAUACCCAAUGUACAGGAACUAAUCGACAUUGAGACGACGGAAAACGCGCGAGCCACGAGCGAAGAUUUUGGCUGGAAAAAGUACAAUUCAUUGGCGGAAAUCGAGGCCUGGCUGGACGACAUACUGGCCAGAUAUCCGGUCAUAACAGAGGGCUUUGUCCUGGGCCAGUCCUACGAGAAUCGCACCAUACGUGGCCUCAAAAUCUCCUACAAGUCGGGCAAUCCGGGUGUCUUCAUCGAGUCGAAUAUCCAUGCCCGCGAAUGGAUUACUUCGGCGACGGCCACGUGGCUGAUCCAUCAGUUUCUCACCUCCGAGGAUCCGCUGGUGCGGACGCUGGCCGAGAGCCACGACUGGUACAUUGUGCCCGUGCUGAAUGUGGAUGGCUUUGUGUACACCCAUGAAAAGGAUCGCAUGUGGCGCAAGACGCGUCAGCCCUCGGCCAUUUCCAGCUGCAUUGGCGUUGAUCCCAAUCGCAACUACGACUCACAUUGGAUGGAGAACGAUGGCGCCUCCUCGAAUCCCUGUGCCGAGAACUAUGGCGGACCGCGCGCCUUCUCCGAGCCAGAGAUUCAGGCCAUGUCCGACUUUGUGGGCAGCAUCAAGACCAAACUGAAUGUCAUGCUGGCCUUUCACUCCUACAGCCAGCUGCUGCUGUCGCCCUACGGCCACACGGACGAGGAGUUUCCCGAUAACUACGAUGAUCUAAUGGAGGUGGCCAAGGCCUAUGGCGAUGCGGUGGAGGCGUUUCCCUAUGGCACGGUCUACAGAUACGGCUCGGCAGCGGGAAUACUUUAUACCGCUUCGGGUGCCACCAACGAUUGGGCCUACAACGAGCAGGGCAUUGAGAUAUCCUACACGAUUGAGUUCCGUGACACGGGCCGCUACGGCUUCGUCCUGCCGCCGGUGCACAUUGUGCCCAAUGCCGAGGAGACGCUGAUUGGCCUUAUCGCCCUGCUAGAUAAGUGCAAAUCGUUGGGUUAUCUCAACCUCAAGUAUUAAUGGUGUGUAAUCCCCCAGCAGCAGCAAUAAUAAUAAAAGCAUUAAGAUUCGAUCACGA